AUGCUUUGUAAAGGUUUACUUCUGUCUCUACUAAAAUAUCAAUCAAUCCCAUGGAAAAUUACAACUCUACUCGAUGGUGCACAUUGUCAACCAUUAAAUGAUCUUGGUCAAAACAUCGAGAUUACAUCUGUCAAACCAUUAGAUAUUAUCUGUGGAUCUGUUUCAUCUCGAACUACAUUCGCUCGACUUGAGAUUCCGUAUCUUUUUCCACAUGAAAGAAGAAUUUUAUAUUUAGACGUUGAUACUUAUACUAUGAAUAGUAUUCACGAACUUUUCACUAUUCCAUUUAAGACAAUUGCUGCAGUCGUUCCUGGAACACAUUUAAUGAUUAAAGAAUUCAUAAAUCGCGAGUUUAAAGCAAAUCUUACUAAAAUGGAUUAUGAAUUAGAUGGAAUUCGUUAUUCAGUCGGUGAAAAAAAUCACAAAUAUUUUAAUGCUGGUGUAAUGUUAAUCGAUGCAUAUAAAUGGCGCGAACUUCGUAUUAAACAACAUGUUCAAGCUCUAGCACUUUCACAUCCAUCAGCUAUGUAUACAAGUGAUGAAAUGGCGCUUAACCUAAUUUUUCGUGGUCAUUUAACUCAGCUUCAACAGUGUUACAAUACGUUUUCAUUUACAGAGACAUAUCUCACUGAAAUGCCGCGUAUUUGGCAUUUCAAUACAUAUAAACCUAUUGUUCAUGCACCAUUAGCUCAAUUUGAUACAUGGUUAUCAAUCUUUAAAGCAACAGAUCAAAUACUUCUAAAAAAACUAGAAAAGAUCUCUCAAACAUUGGGAAAAUUAGCUAUGCUAGCAUUAAAAAGUGAAGAUUAUAAUCAAAUUUGA